UUCUGACGCUUCUGAGCUCUGCAGUCUCAGCCCUAGGCAAACCUCUCUUCCACCAACACCAUGAAGCUCUGUGGGAUUGUCCUCCCUCUCCUUGUGCUUGUGGCUGCCUUCUGCUCUCCAGCACUCUCUGCACCAAUGGGCUCAGACCCUCCCACUGCCUGCUGCUUCUCUUACACCCUGCGGAAGCUUCCACGCAACUUUGUGAUCGAUUACUUUGAGACCAGCAGCCUCUGCUCCCAGCCUGCCGUGGUCUUCCAAACCAAGAAGGGCAGGCAAGUCUGUGCCAACCCCAGUGAGUCCUGGGUCCAGGAGUACAUGGAUGACCUGGAAAUGAACUGAGCUGCUCCAGUCUCAGGGGCAGGAUGUCUUCAGGGAAGAUCCCCUGAGCCCCAGCACCUCUCAGCAAGAU